UUUACAACCCUCACCCCACAGAAGAUGAGUUAUGAUUUUGAUACAACUCGUAGAAUCAAUAUUAAGUACCUCCUACCGUAGGUAAUCUAGAUCAGAUACGUAUAUUAGGUAGGUGUGUACCUAAAUUUGGACCGUAGAAAAAUGUGUGAGUGGAUAUGACAAUAUAAAGUCUCUCAAGUUAGCAAUAAAUACCUGGUUUCCGAAAUACUUUAUAUCUACCUAGGUGGAGGCUGUUGGUAUUAAAAACUACCUACCUCCUAACCUACCUAACCUAACCUAAUCUUCGUCCAAUUUACCUAUUCUUCAAGAAGAAGAAGCUAGAAUCAACACAAUCAUGAGAGGUACUCAACAUGUUCGAGGAAAAACAACCAAGCUCUUGGUCUUAAAUCCCAACUCCUCCAAGGCCAUGACCGAUGGCAUGAACGUCGUCAUCAAUUCUGUAGACCUACCAUACUCAACCGAAAUCCACACGUACACGGGCCCAGAGGGGGCACCCCCCAGUAUAAACGACGGGAAGGACCUCGACGAGAGCACCGAGGCCGUGCUCGAGGACUUGGAGACCUCUUUCCCCAACGGCGUGAAAUAUGACGGCAUCGUAGUCGCCUGUUACAGCGUGCACCCUCUUGUGCCCGCCAUGCAGCAGGACCGUGCGAAAUACCCCAAAGCUGUCACCGGUAUUUUCGAGGCGAGUAUUCUAGCCGCUUUAUCUGUGCUCGCAUACGGCGAGGCCUGGGGUAUCGUCACCACGGGUAAAUUCUGGGAGAAACACUUAGCUGCGGGCGUACGGAAUUUCCUCGGUGCAGAAACAAGGAGCCCUGGUACCGAUAAUUCAAAAUUUGUCGGAGUUGAAUCCACCGGUCUGAAUGCCUCCGACUUCCAUCAUGGCGUUGAUCCCGCUGUUGUGAGGCAAAAGCUGAAAGAAGCAACUAAGAGACUUCUUUCUAAAGGCCGUGUCCGUUGUGUCGUCAUGGGAUGUGCGGGUAUGGCCGGGUUGGAAGACAUUAUCCGAGAGGCAGCCAGCGAAGAAAAUGGAGAGGACUUUGCACAUUCUCAACUGCAUGUUGUUGACGGCGUUAGAGCCGCAAUAAUGCAGCUCGAGCAUACAAUUAGAUACCAGAGAUUACUACCCGGGAGAACAUGAUAAUGAUGAAU